AUGUGUUAUGUCGGAUCAAUUUUCGAUGUUUCGUGUCCCUCUCAAUUAUUGGAAUCAUGGGCUCAGCGUGCUCGGGACUCAGUGGUCGAAAUUCGGUCAUCAAUACGGCCUCUUACACCGUUUGACGUUCAGGCUCUCUUGCUUUAUUCCAUCGCUGUAUACUGGUGCAAUGAAACGGAAAGUGGUGUUGAGCUCCUUGACCAAACAAUUCGCAUGGCAGUAGCCCUUGGGAUGAACAAAAAGGAAUUCGCCCAAAACUACGCAGAAGCUGAUGCUGUGCUAGAAGAAAGUUGGCGCCGCACUUGGUGGGUGAUCUAUAUCACCGAUGCCCACAUUGCCGGAUCUACCCAUACGUACCCGUUUCGAACAAGUGGCAUUGAAAUCACUACCGACCUUCCUUGUGAAGAGGAACAAUAUGAAAGAGGGGUCAUCCCAUCCCCACGAUCCCUAGAAGAUUACGAGAAAAGGGAAUUCCUUGGCGAAGACGAAACUGAUUUUUCCUCCUAUGCGGAGCUUAUUGGCUUGACCCACGGGAUUGAUCGGGCCUUGUCUCCGGGCAACACUGCAGAUGAUCGAUUAUACACUACGAUGGCUGCUAGCUCUGAUACUAGUGUUCAAGCAUGGUGCUCUCUUCUUUCUCCGGAAAAGAGGCAAUUAAUUCGCCCCGAUGGAUCAUUUGAUGAAGUUAUGUUCAAAGCGUUCUUCAUUAUGCACACAUACACUGUUGAAAUUCAUCGGCCACUGUCAGCGUUGACUCACAGUGCAAUUGAAUCCGUGUCGCGCUGCGCUCCAUUGCCUCCGUCGGAACAACUAAAAUGCAACAACGCAAAGGAACGUGAUCUGCAUACUGUCAAAUGCACACAGGCUAUCAAUAGCAUUGAUGAACUUUUGACUCUACCAACUAAUAUGAAGAACCAUUCUCCAUUCAUCAUGUGCAUGAUUGCCAAUGUCGCCAUUGCACAUUUAUCGGCUUGCAGGUUUGUCUUUUCUGGGGAUCGGCGAGCCCAAAGCCGCGAGAAGAUUCGUUUAACUAUGGGUACUUUGAAGCGUCUAAGUGAGCACUGGACGCUGGGAAAACGGACUUACCGUGAGAUUGGAAUUAUCGCCCGAGAAUUGUUAUCUCUCGCAAAGGAUCCCCCCGCUAGUUUGGAUGUCGUUGACCUGUCCCUUCCGGAUCCAACUUCACCUGCAUUCCCUGCAUUGGACAUGUUACCCGACUCCCAUUUUGACUUCUGUGCCUUUUUUGAUGCGGAUGCUCCUGGUCAAACUGAAAUGGGUUCUUUUAUUUUACAAUAG